AAAAAAUUCCGGACUCCGGUGUUGAUGCCCGUGCUCCUCGAAGGAUGUGUCAAUAUUAGUUCUUGAAUUUUAUUUUAAAUAAUAAGUGCAUUAAAAAAUUAUUGCUAUUUUUAUAGUUAUCCCAUCAUAAAGAUGAAUUUUUGUGAAUAGCUACUAUUAAAGGAAUAUUGAUCGCACAUGGAAAUUUGGUGCCAGGUGUAAGGAAGUAUUUUAAUGGAAAUUAAAUACAUUAAAUGAUCAAUAAUGAAUGAAAGUGAUUUCAAAAGUAUUUUGGCUACAACUGCUUCAAUUUGUACAAUUCUACAGUUUUUAACAGGAACGCUAACCUGCCAAAAAAUUGUUCAAAAUAAAAGUACCGGAGAUAUAUCUUCAUUUCCAUUUGUAAGUGGUUGUUUGUCAACUAGUUUAUGGCUUCGAUAUGGAUUUUUAAUUAAUGACAGUUCCAUAAUAUUAGUGAAUACAGUGGGGGCUACAUUAUUUUUUGCCUAUGUUUUGACCUUUUAUUUAUACAGUAUCAAUAAGACCGCCAUAGUUCGUCAAUUUCUGGGAUGCUUCUUUUUCCUGGUGAUAAUUUUACUCCACAUCCAUAACAAUGCGACUGAAGAAGAGCUAGUCCGAUCACAUUUGGGACUAGUAUGUUGUGGAGUUACUAUUUUAUUUUUCGCCGCUCCUUUCGCGUCACUUCUGCAUGUAAUUAAAAUGAAGAGUACAGAGAGUCUUCCGUAUCAUCUUAUUUUCGCUUCGUUCAUUGUGUCGUUACAAUGGCUCAUUUACGGAUAUGUUUUAAAGGACGAGUUUGUCCAGGUUCCAAAUUUAAUAGGAUGUAUUCUGUCAGGAAUCCAGCUAAGCUUAUUUCUUAUAUAUCCAAAGAAAAGUAAAGUGAGCGCGCUGGUUUAAAUGUUAUAGUACUCAUAAGAUGUAAUAUAUUAAAAUGUUAAAAAGAGAUUAAGAGUAAAGUUAUUAAUAACCAA